AUCCCUCCGUAUCAUGUUCUGUCGGAUCAUUUAACCGGGUCGUGUCCUAACCUAUCUUUCCCAUCCUUCCCAUCCUUCCUUUCAAAUCGCCGAAAUAUGUCUCCGUGCGCGAAAUUGUGCGUUUUGGCCCUUCUCGCGUGUGCCGUGAACUCUGCGCCCGUGCCUGAAGAAGAGAGUAAUACUCAACUUCCCGAAUCAGGCCCCGAAGGGGCUGUCCUUAGCUCGGAUGGCUUCGAAGGCGCUCUAGUCCCUUCCGAUGCUCAAGUGACCAAGCGACAAGCUGAGGAAGCAGCCGUGGACGACGCUCAAACUCCGGAGGGACAAGGGCUGGAGGCAGGACAGAACUCUGGGGCGUUUUUCGCUCCGGAACAAGGUGCUCAGGACCCAGCCACACUAACCCAGGAGAGCUCCCAGUUCAAUGCUGAGGCCGCCAUCCCUCAGGGACAGGAGGCCUCCGUGACCAAGCGACAAGCUGAGGAAGCAGCCGUGGACGACGCUCAAACUCCGGAGGGACAAGGGCUGGAGGCAGGACAGAACUCUGGGGCGUUCUUCGCUCCGGAGCAAGGUGCACAGGACCCAGCCACACUAACCCAGGAGAGCUCUCAGUUCAAUGCUGAGGCCGCCAUCCCUCAGGGACAGGAGGCCUCCGUGAGCAAGCGGCAGGCUGACACUGCUCAAGUCGAGGGACAGGAGACAAGCCAGCAAGACGCCCAGUUCGUCCAACCCGAGGGCCAGGUCGGCUCGGCCAAUGACGAGAGCCAAGUCGCUGAAAGUUCUCUCCCGCAACAAGAAGUUACCUCCGUGAGCAAAAGGCAAGUUGAACAACCAGCUGAAGUUCCGCAGGCUGACGGACAACCAGCUGAAGUUCCGCCGGCUGACGAACAACCAGCUGAAGUUCCGCAGGCUGACGGACAACCAGCUGAAGUUCCGCAGGCUGACGAACAACCAGCUGAAGUUCCGCAGGCUGACGGACAAUCCAUCUCUGCACCCGAGGGACAGUUCUUCGCUCCCCUGAACCAGGAAGCACAAUCCCCGGCCGAACCUACUGGUUUGACUCAGGAUGACAGUCAGGUCGCUGCUGAGGGCUCCAUCCCUCAAGAAGGACAGACCGUGGCCAAGCGACAAGUCCAAGAAGCGCAAUCCGCCGAUGCCGGUCAAGCUCCAAUCGUCCCCGAUCUGGAGUCCCAAUCUUUCGAGGGCGCUGCCGUAGAACCGCAGGCGGACGCACCAGCCGAGAUCCCGACCCAGGACGAAGUCAGCCAAGGAGCAGAAGAUGCUCAGUCCAAGCUGACGAAGAGGCAAAUAAGUCCCGAUCCUUACAAUGUCGAGGUGCUCGCCAAUAAAGACAGAAAAGAGCCAUGCGUAGUUGGUGGUGAUGUGGAGAAUUGCGAUGGGUUCCAGGCAGGUCUGAGGCAAGCUAAGUCAGAUGAAGCUAAAAGACCCAAAAGGCAAGGCAGUUUCGCUUCUGCCAGUUCCGGAACGGAUUACGGUGGUUUUGGCGGGUAUGGGGGUGGAUCCGAAAGUGAAGCCCAGAGCCAAUCGGCUAGCUUCAGCCUUGGACCGUUUCAGGCGAGUUUCUCGGAAAGUGAAGCUAGCUCGCAGAGUGGAAAUCAGGGAUACAACAACUACGGUGGAGGAUACGGCAACGGGGGCUUCAACGACUACUGACACUGAAUGAUCCACCCACUGCUACUUCUGCUCAUCGAUGACCAGGGUUGCCAAAUCCUGAAAUUCCUCAACAAUUUUCCCAAUCUCCAUGUGAAAUUCAAGAGUUUUUUCGGAAGCCGAACAGCCCUGAGACUCAUCCGUUUCUAGUCUUGUCAUUCCUACUACGAACUGCGGCUCGCCAUGUCUCGAGCCUCCUCAUCGAUCAACUCCUCCACUCCUGUACAUAUUUAUUUAAUUUAAGUAUUUAUUUUUCCUAUUAAAAAAAUCCUCAGUUUGA